AUGGCGCGCACAACUGGCACGCCUGGCUCGUCGAAGCGCCCUCCAGGCCCCGAAGACGCCCAUGUGACGCGUGCGCAGCGCGACAGUGCUGAGUCGGAGCGGAGUCGGAGUCGGCAGCGCCAGCGCGAACUUCGGCAUGAAACGGACAGGACGCUGCGCGAUCUCCCCCCGCUGCCAGUGUACAAUCGCGGUGUGCUAGAAGCGCAGCGUGCCGCGAAUGUGGCGCGCGCACGCCGCGACGAGCAGGAGAUCCGACUGGCGAUGGACGGGAGGUACAAACGCACUCGGAGUGCUACCGCCAUGCUGCGAAGUGAAGAUGGGAAGAAGGCUGGGCAGAAAGCCCGGGCUGAAGCCCGCGAGAAGAGCAUGUACGAGCGGUGGGAAGCACGUGCCGUGCGCGAGAUGUUCGGCAUAGAGCCAGAUUCGGAUUCUGACGACGGCGCCCUUGCCGAAGCCAUUUCCGCUUUGGACGAGGCCGACGAAGAGCUGUCUCCUGGCGGUACGGACGACUCCGACUACGAGGAGAAGACCCCGCCGUUCGGCACCGACCCAGACGCCAGUGACGAAGAUGAGGAAGACAACGAUGAUGAAGAGCGCGAAUCGGCCGCUGAAAACGACGGUUAA